CUUUACACAGCCUUUUCCCAUCUCGGAUUCUAUGUGAAACGAAAUAAAGUUACAUCAAAUUCAAAUUUGGUCAGGAUGCUGAUUAACAUGCGCCUAUGAACUUCUAAAAAAAUUAAGCUGCGUAACUUGUAUUUAAUAAUGAUUGACAUCAUUUUCCAAUCACAAGGUUAUCCGCACGUGCCUAAUAGUUAAUGCAUCUUCGAUCGGAUAAAUUUCAUUGUAUAAAUCGUCCUACCCAUUUUCUCCGUAUUGAGCUAGGACUGUGUUUUCUUCAAACGAAAAAAGAAUACUGUGUCUUCGUGCGAACAAAAAAAGAAUUAUAAGUGUUACUUAUAAUUUUUGUAUAACAAUAUGUCAACUUCAAGUGAAGAACUACGAGAAAAUGCAGACGAAACAACAGUAUUGUUACUUGAACAAAAUAAAGUUAUUGCACCUCAAAUCUAUAAAUUGGACGAAGCACUUUACAUUAUUCGGAAAGCUGUUCCAGUUUUUUUUGCUUCGUCCUUACAAUAUGUUUUUUCGGUCGCAAGUGUUUUUACAUUGGGCCACAAGGGAUAUGUAGAGUUGGCAGCAUUAUCAUUAGGUUCAAUGUUUGCUUCAGUAACCGGAAUUUCCAUAUUUUAUGGCGCAAUUUCUGCUUUAGACACUUUGUGCCCACAGGGUUACACAUCUGGGAACCCGAAAAUGGUUGGCGUGUACUUACAACGUGCCAUUAUUAUUAUUCUUCUUGGGUUCAUCCCGGUAAGUUUCAUCUGGUGGGAAUCUGGAACAAUUCUGGUUUAUUUAGGCCAAGAUGAAGAAACAUCAGCAUACGCGCAAAAAUUUUUACGCUGGUCAAUUUUGGGUGCUCCAGCCACUUUUAUUUUUUGGUGUGUCGAAAAGUUUUUACAAGGACAAGGCAUUAUGCAUGCUACGUCUUAUGUUCUUAUAAUUAUUAGCCCAAUUAGCAUUGUUUUAAAUUACGCGCUAGUUUGGUGGGAACCAAUAGCCCUUGGGUUUAUUGGUGCACCAAUAGCGAUAAACAUUUCUAAUUGGUUAAUGUUAAUUUUUAGCAUCCUUUAUAUUAAGUAUAUUAAUGGCCACCAGGCGUGGGGUGGUUGGACGCGUACAUGUCUUGAUGACUGGUCAUCUUUCAUGAGAUUAGCCAUUCCCGGAAUUUUGACGGCUUGUGCGGAUUGGUGGAUUUAUGAAUUAAUAGCGUUGGCUUCAGGCUAUUUUGGGAGUAUAUCAUUAGCAGCUCAUCGUUUAGUUCUUACCAUUGUACUUUUAUUUUUUCAAUUACCAAGAAGUAUUUCGGUAGCAACUUCAAAUAGGGUUGGUAAUUUAUUAGGAGAAGGAUUGAUAAGUAAAGCAAAAAUUACUGUCAAUAUUUCUUUAAUUCUUGCAUUUAUAAGUGCUACCUGUAGUGCAACGGGAAUAUUAAUUUUCAGGGAUUCAUUGGGGUACUUAUUUACAAAUAAAGAAGAAGUUAUAAAAUUAACCGCAACAAUUUUGCCGCUUUGCGCACUAUUUCAACCAUCAGAUGCGAUAGGUAUUAUAGGUGGAGGAAUAUUGAGGGGACAAGGGAGGCAAAAGGUUAUAUCUAUAAUUUAUUUAUCAGCAUAUUAUAAAUUUGCGUUACCAGUUGGACUUUUAUUAGCGUUUAAAUUUAAUUUUGAAUUAGUUGGACUAUGGUCAGGUGUUACCGGUGGGUCUAUUCUUAUGGGAAUUGGUAUAUUUACAGCUGUAAUAACAACUAAUUGGGAAUGGGAAGUUGAAGAAUGUAAAAGAAGAAUAAAAGUUGACUCAUUGGAAGAUGAAGUUUUAGAAGUUUGAUAACGAAAACAAUGAUAAUAUUGACGAAUACUUAAUCUAAUUAGUUAUUUUUGGCAUUAUUUAUAUUUAAUUAUUAAUUAUUUUGUCAUUUAUUUUACUUAAAUAGUGGUCUACUCAAAAUAUUGCUAAAUUCGGUAAAUACUUAGAUAUAUAAUAGGUAGUAAUUUACUUAAUUCAACUUACGAUUAAUUAA